AUGAGGAUGCGGUACUGUAGACAUGUGUACAUAAAUACCAUAUACCGUGUGUUCAUGUACAAUCGUAAUGUUAAACUAGUUCAAGCAUUGGGUUGGGAGAAUUUGGGCGGGGCUGUGUUGGGGUGUGUGCGCGGGGAUAAGCGUUGGGUAGGGUUUGGAUGGAUGGGGAAGGGGUGGUCGGGGCGCGGGUGA